AUGGCUCUGAAUGUCAACCGCGCAGUGACCGAUCCGUUCUACCGCUACAAAAUGCCGAAGCUGCUAGCAAAGGUAGAGGGCAAGGGCAAUGGGAUCAAAACUGUUGUAGCGAAUAUGUCUGAUAUAGCCAAGUCGCUUGAGCGCCCUCCAAUGUACCCGACAAAGUAUUUCGGCUGCGAGUUAGGUGCCCAAACAAACUACGAUGCGAGAAAUGAGCGCUACAUUGUCAACGGCGAGCAUGACGCUGCGAAGUUGCAAGAUAUCUUGGACGGAUUUAUCAAGAAAUUCGUUCUUUGUCCAGCAUGCGAAAAUCCUGAAACAGCCUUGUCCGUGCGUCGGAACCAGAUUCACAGCAAAUGCAAGGCAUGUGGUCACGCGUUUAUCAUAGACAGCCGUCACAAGUUGUCAACGUAUAUCCUCAAAAAUCCUCCAAAGAUAGAAGUCGACUUGUCCAAGGAGAAGCAACAAAAUGGAAAUGGAUAUGUCAAAGAGGACGAUAUAGGGUUCGACGCGAAUGGAGAUAAGAAUAGUUCGAACGAUGACGAUGAUGACGACUGGGCACCGGAAGAAGAAGAAAUGCCGAAUACAAAACUUGCAGCUGGCAUAGGGAAGCUAGUGUUAGACAAGGAUUUGGAUAAGAGCAUUGAAGAGCGCUUGGACAUGCUACACCGUUUCUUUCUUGAAUCGAAAACAAAAGGAACAAUAGGGGAUGGGAAGGCGUUAGCUGACGAAGCCGAACGUCUCGAGCUCAAGCAGAAGGCGCCGCUCCUUCUAGUCGAUGUGCUUCUCGACCAAGAUAUAAUUAAAGAUGGAAUGGCACAACUGAAGAACAACAGGAGGGUGUUGCUAAGGUUCACGCUGGGAGAUAAGAAGGCACAACGUUACCUUUUGGGUGGAAUUGAGCAACUUAUAAUCAGACAUGAAGCAGUUUUGCUACCGAAGGCAGCGCACAUCAUCAAAGGUCUUUACGACAACGAUAUUUGUGAGGAAGACGCAAUUCUUGCAUGGGGAGAGAAGCCUUCGUCGAAAUAUGUGACAAAGACUCAGUCGAAGAAGAUAAUCCAGAAGUGUGAAGCUGUGCUAACAUGGCUUAAAGAGGCGGAGGAGGAAGACGAUGACGAUGACUCUGAUGACGACAUCGACUUCGACGAUCGUAAUCAGAAGACAAGUGUUUACGCCGAGAAAGCGAAGGCUGAAGCAGCGAAGGUAGCGGACAUUAAAGUGAAGGGUGAUGAUGGUGCGGAGAUCGAUAUCGAUGAUAUUUAG